AUGACUGAUUUUGAUGGGUUAAUUGAUCAAUUAAGUCUAGUGGACCUGCCUAUGUUGGGAAGAAGUUUCACAUGCUGUAAUGCUCAAGAUGGGGAGAGAUGGAGCAAGAUAGAUAGGUUUCUCUUGGAUAGUAGGUGGCUUGAGGAAUAUUCAUUUAAGCAAUGGGGACUGCCUAGAAGUAUAUCUGAUCAUUGCCCAGUAUUGUUAAAGGGAGAUGUUAGGAAUUGGGGUUCAAAACCAUUUAGGUUUAUUAAUGCUUGGUUACUCCACCCUAAGUUCAUAGUUGAAGUGAAGAAGUCCUGGGAGGAAGCUGUUGAUCCAGGAUGGGCUGGAUUCAGACUAAAGAGGAAGUUAGCUAAUCUGAGGGCCCAUCUCAAAAAAUGGAAUUCUGAGGUUUUUGGAAAUGUGGAUGUUCAAUUAAAGAGGGCAGAUGAGGAGUAUCAUGAAUUUGAUUUGGUAGCUAAAUCAAGGACUCUAUUUGAGUCUGAAACACUUAGAAUGAGGGUUGUAAGAAGUCUUGUGUGGAGUUUGAGAAGGAGAAAAGAGAGCUUAUGGCAUCAAAAAUAUAGAAUUUUGUGUGCUAAAUGUGGUGAUAAGAAUACAAGGUUUUUCCACAUGAUGGCAAGUUCUAGGCAAAGGAAAAAUAUGUUAGAUUCGAUUGUGGAAGGGGGGAGUGAGAAUGAUAAUCUGGUAGCAGCAUUCACAAAGCAAGAGAUUUGGGAAGCUAUACUGAUUGUGAUGGGAAUAAAGCUCCUAGGCCAAAUGGGUUUAACAUGGUUUGAAAGUUCUUUUAUCACUUUGAUACCAAAGAAAGAGAACCCAAGUGAUUUAGGUGAUUACAGACCAAUCAGCCUUGUUAGUUCAAUUUAUAAAAUUUUAGCUAAAGUUUUGUCUAGAAGGCUAAAGGAAAUAUUGCCAUCAAUUACUAGUGAAGUCCAAUCAGCAUUUUUGGGAGGAAGGUUUAUCCUAGAUGGCGUAUUAAUUGCUAAUGAAGUGAUGGAUUGGUGGAAAUCAUCUAGAAUGAGAGGCAUUAUUUUGAAAUUGGACUUUGAAAAGGCUUAUGAUUUUGUAAAUUGGGAAUUUCCUUUUUCAAUGAUGAUGAAUUUUGAAUUUGGAGAAAAAUGGGUGAAGUGGAUCAAAACAUGCAUAUCAGCAGCUAAGAUCACUAUAUUGGGUGAUCCAUUAUCACUAUUCUUGUUUAACAUUGCUGCUAAAGGUUUGAAUUUACUGAUUGAAAGGGCAAAUGAGUUGGGUUAUUUAAGAGGGCUAACUAUAGGGCCUAAUGACUUGAAGGUUUCUCAUUUGCAAUUUGCAGAUGAUACUGUUAUUUUUUGUGAGGCGGAUAGAGUGAAAUUGGUCACUAUAAUGAGAAUCUUAAGGUGUUUUGAGUUAGUGUCUGGGUUAAAAAUUAACUUCCACAAGAGUGUGUUGAGUGGGGUUGGUGUUAAUGAGGAGGAUAUCAAAGAUUUUGUCUCAGUUCUGCACUGUCAUAGCCAAAAGCUUCCUAUUACUUAUUUGGGUAUACCUCUUGGGGCAAAUCCAAGAAGAAAGAGUACUUGGAAACUAGUGAUUGAGAAAAUCAAGAAGAAAUUGGCUUCAUGGAAAGGAAAAAUGCUCUCCUUUGCUAGUAGAAUCACAUUGAUUAAGGCAGUUCUAUCCAGUCUACCAUCAUAUUUCCUAUCAAUUUUUAAACUACUUGUGGGUGUGGCUAAGCAGUUAAAGAGGAUUCAGGCAGCAUUUUUGUGGGGAGAUUCUGAUACAAAAAAGAAACUUCACAUGAUCAACUGGAGGGAGAUAUCAGUAAGCAUUGAACAAGGGGGUUUGGGGGGGGCAGUAGGGAAUGGGGGUAGAAUUCAGUUUUGGUAUGAUAAGUGGAUGAACAACCUAUGCCUAAAAGAGGAGUUUCCUAGAUUGUAUAGCUUGUCAGAGGAAAAAUGUAGCUCUGUUCAGCAGAUUUACCAAAUGAGGGGUCAUUCAAAUGAGUGGAACCUAAUGUUCAGAAGAUCACUGUUAGCAUGGGAGGAAGAGGAGCUAGGUGUACUUCAGGGGAGCUUCUGUGGUAUUGCUACUACCUCUGCUGUUCUGUUGUGGGAGCUGCUGUGGUAUUGCUACUGCCUUUGCGUUGCUGCUACUACCUUUGCUGUUCUGGGAGUGUUUGUGGUCAUUACAGGGGAGUUUCUGCAGUUCUGUUACAACUGCUGCUAUAAGGUGUGGACUGAUAUAAUGAAGUGGUGGGGUCUGGUGUGGGUAUUACCUGGUUCAAUUGAGGAUCUGCUACUCUGGUGGUUCGGAGUCAAAUUCAGUAAGGUGAUUCUUAGAUUGUGGAAAGUGGUACCUCUAACUAUUUUGUGGUCAUUAUGGAAAACAAGGAAUGAAGGUCUUUUUUGUGGCAAACCAGUAGAUUGGAUAGACUUAGCAGAGUUAGUGAAGGUUGCCUUUUGGUUGAUGUUUUGUGCUGAGCUACAGAGGCAUAGCCAUUCUGUUCUGGGAAUGUCUGUGGUGUUUGUGUCUCUUCUGGUUUAUGAAGCUAGGUGUACUUCAGGGGAGCUUCUGUGGUAUUGCUACUACCUCUGCUGUUCUGUUGUGGGAGCUGCUGUGGUAUUGCCACUGCCUUUGCGUUGCUGCUAUUACCUUUGCUGUUCUAGGAGUGUUUGUGGUCAUUACAGGGGAGUUUCUGCAGUUCUGUUACAACUGCUGCUAUGUUUGUUUCUCUUUUUCUUUUUUUGCUGUUUCGAUUGGUUCCUCACCAAUCUUGGGUUUUGUCCCAGCUUUGUUGUUGUAAGGUGGAAUGUUUUCUGCUUCCUUCAUCAAUAA